AUGUCAGACGAGAUCGAGAUCCAGACUACAACUUCUAUUCAGACAUCUCAAAAUAAGGGAAAAGGAAAAGCGUCGGAGGAAGAGAAGCCUGUACCCAAGCAGCUCGCGAAUGAGUAUCAGCUAAAAGCGAUUGAAUGGGAUGAUCCGUCUUCGAGGGAGACGCGGCGUUUGAAGGUCAUCACACAGAAUGAAAAUGGACCGUGUCCUUUGUUAGCACUUUGCAAUGUUUUGCUCUUAAGAGGAGUAAUCGAAAUUAAACCUUAUGACCGACCAUCUGUAACUUAUGAUUAUCUUGUGGAAUUGCUGGGUGACUAUUUGUUGAAAACAAUCCCACAUGGAGAGGCCGAGAUUCAAAAAGGAUUAGAGAAUUUGACAAUUGAUAAGUCACCACCGAAGGAUCAGGUACAGCAGGAGAUGCCAGAAGAAUUCAUAAAUGGAACUGAUAACAGUACAGACAAGGGACAAGUCGAAGCCGGAGAUGAAAAAACCAAAAAUGAAAAUGUCACGUCAUCCAUUUUGACAUAUGCGAGACCAUCUCUGCAAGAUUAUCAUCACACAUUAAACGCAGCGCUGUCUAUCAUUCCUUCUUUACAAACCGGUUUGGAUGUAAAUGUCAGAUUUAACUCUAUUCAUGGGUUUGAGCCUACUGCUGAACUAUCGGUAUUUGAUGUUUUCAAUGUAGAAUUGGUUCAUGGAUGGGUGGUAGAUCCACAAGAUCAGGACACAUGGGAUGUCGUGGUGGGAAAAUGUGAAAGUUACAAUAAAGCAGUUGAAUGUGUGGUGAGAGGGGAUUCUGGUGUGGUGUCAGAAAGUUCCGAGAAAAAAUCUGAUGGAAAACCCGAGAAUGACGCGAGUGUCGUUGAAAGAAUACGAGAUGCGGAGAUUACGUCGCAUUUUCUGGAAUCAAAUGCGACUCAACUAACGUAUCAUGGACUAUUGACGUUAUCCGAAACAUUGCCACCUGGAAAUCUCUGUGUAUUUUUCCGGAAUAAUCACUUUUCCACGCUUUACAAACAUCCAAAAACUUCGGUACUGUAUAUUCUAGUUACAGAUGCUGGAUUUGUUCACGAGCGUUCUGUGGUAUGGGAAUCGCUCAUAGAUGUAGAUCAAAAUGCGUCUGAAUUUGUCGACGGGAAAUUUCGUAAAUGUGAAGCUACCAGUGGUGAUUACGUGGACGUUACCGAAGUACAUGAAGUGCCAGGAGGAGGAGAUCAAGAAUGCAAUACGAUGCAACUUCACAAGUAUCAUCUACAGGUAGUACACAUACCACCGCGUCUUCAUCGGGAGAACGAAAAAAGGAGAAACAAAGAAAGGGGAGCUGCAUUAUUAGCUGAUUAUUAA